UUGUAAACAAAGUGAUGUUUCGUAAUCAUUAACCACGUGUAUCAGAAGCUGCAAGGAUGCCAGAAGGACCAGAAUUGUAUAUGUCUGCACAGUUUGUCAACCAAACUUGUAGAAACAAUCUCUUUUCAGGGCAAAUACUUAAAUCAUCAGUCAGUCGACAGCCAGAUAUUGAUUGGAAUGAAGAAACAUACACAAUAUCUGCUGUGACAAGAGGGAAAGAACUGAAAUUAACAUUACAAUCGAUCACAAAUGAUCAUAAAGAAAAUAAAAAAUGUGCGAAAAAGCAAAACAAAUCACUUGACAUUGUUUUCCAAUUCGGGAUGUCAGGUAAAUUUGAUUUUUAUGAAGCAAAUGAACUUCAGAAACAUGCUCAUCUAAAUUUUUUCACAAAAACUGAAAAUGACAAAAGCGUACAAAUGGUGUUGAGUUUUGUAGACUAUAGGCGUUUUGGGAAGUGGCAGCCGAAUGGAAACUGGUCUGUGGAACGAGGACCCUGUGUACUCACAGAUUACAUUCCAUUUAGAGAAAAUAUAUUAAAGAAUGUUGACCUGUCUGUGUUCAGAAAACCAAUUUGUGAAGUGCUUUUGAAUCAGAAGUAUUUUAAUGGUAUUGGAAACUAUCUCCGAGCAGAAAUAUGUUACAGGGGAGGAAUUCCACCAUUUCAGGAUGCAAAAUCUGUAUUAGAGCCACUACUCACUGAAACAAAUGAAGUGAAAAUAAAGUCAGAGAAACCAGAUAUACUACAGCUUUGUCAUUUGUUGCCUAAUGAAGUUAUUAAUUUAGGAGGUACAGGUUAUGAUCCAGAAAAUAGAGAUCCAGAUUACUCCAAAUUCACAGAAUGGCUUCAGUGUUACUACAAACCUGGCAUGAAAAACAUGGCUGACCAUAACAAAAGAACAAUGUGGUACGAUGGUAAUCCUGGGCCAUUAAAACCAUCAGUGGAGAAAGUUAGAAAGAUUAAAAGAAAAAAGAAAAUCUCUGAAGAAGUGGAGAAAACUGCAUUAAAGAAACCAAAAGUAGAAAAAACAGAACUUGACAGUAAAGCAGACAUAAAUGGAAAAACAAAAAGAACAAGCAAAACUGCAGUUGGACCUGUAACGCGUCUGAAUGUGACUAAAGAAGAAAGCUUGAAAAAAGGGAAGAAGAAAUCUUCAGCAGCAAGUGCAAAUGCAGAUCUUGAAAAAAGCAAACUAGAAGCAGCUGGGAAGAGGAGAGCUACAAGAAGGAAGCAGUCUAAAACAAGUGUUUCUGAUAUAAAUAUAUCUGAUUCUAUUACUCCAAAACAUAAAAAGGCAGGAAACACUGUUAGAAGAACAAGGAGGGUGAAAAGAAGUUAAUGAUUUUAAUCCAAUGGUUAAAAAGUUAUUUUAAAGGUACUAUAGAAAUGAUGAAAGAAUUUGGACAAUCAUGUGUCAGACAACGAUUGUAGUGUAAAUAAUUAAAUGUCUUGAAUUUUAUGAGAUCAGACAGUGUUUACAUAAAAUGAGAUCAGAUUGUGAUAUUACUGAAUGUCAUAUAUCACAAAAUGUUUACUUGCCGUGAGCAACCAGACAGGUACCCCUGCCAGAACUGCAUAAACUUCGGGAGCAUCCGAAUUCAUCCCCUUGAUUUUUGGUGGGUUGGUGUACAUGUAGCUCAGUUUUUAGUUUUCUGUAUAUUGUUUUGUUGAUUGUCAUUUAUCUUUUUUGUCUUUUUUUUUAGCCAUGGUGUUACCUGUUUUUCUGUUAUUUACAUAUAGAUUCUUACAUUGGUACCAGUUGAUUAUCGGAUUUAUCCAAUCAAGAUUGAUAAUUUAACUAUUGAGAUUGGAUAAUCCAUGAGUUACUAUGUAAGAAUCUGUUUCUCUAAUAUUUAUCAAAUAAAUUUUCAUUUUUGAUAAAACAAAAAUCCCCUUCGAGUGCCUUCCACGUUCCACAAAGAUGUCAAUUUCAUUAACACCUGUCAGCACAUUUUGAUUCAUCCAGUGAGCUGAUAAAGGUUAUGAACCUUAAACUCAUCCAAUCAUCUUCUGAGAUCAUUGGCAACCACACUUUGAUUAAAUUUUUUAUACAGUGGGUCCGGAAAGGGUUAAAUUGCCAAAGAAUUAGAGAAAAGUUUUUAUAGCUCCUUUGGUAUCUUCUCAUUUUUUACUUUGACAAUAGACUAUUUUAUUUGUUGAAUGAAACAUUGUCAUCACUAUGUACAUAUAAUAAUGUACUAAAUGUAUCACUAACAGGAAGGUUGGUCCAACAUGGUCAAAUCUGGCCUGCAACCAUUGCAGGUUUUGCUGACCAGUUUAAAACUGUAUAGUUUGCUUCAAAGUGACCUGAAACAAUUUUUAAACAUGCCCUUGUUAUCUAAGGGGUACCCUACUGGAGUCUGAUGAAACAAUAGAAAUAAGUCGAACCAUAUAUGCAUUAAACUGACAAGAUCAUUACAUCAGGGUAUAUUUCUUCAUUUCCUGUCUCUUAGCUUUUGAAAGAAUAAUAUGAAUAAAUUUAGCAAAGGUUCUUAGUCCAUACAUGGUAUAUUUAUCUAAAUCAGUAAUGUUGUUAAAUUAUAAGUACAUUGUAAACAUGGUAAAAUAAAAACUAAUUAAUGUGUACAUGUGUAUAUUCAAAUUUGUGUUGUCUUUAGUUCAGUAUAUGUAUCAAUUAAAAAUUAUGAUGACGUCUAUGAUCAUAUAACUGUUAUCAUAUUUUAGUGAUUUAUAAUAUGUUUUAAUUAGAUAAUGUCUAUAUUGAUAGAAUUCACUAUAUUAUUUGAUAUACUAUAGUGCGUUGAAACAAAUUAAAUGAAAAAACAAAAUUUCAAUCUUUAGAUAUUCCCAAAAUUAAAAUUGAAUCAUAUGUAGACUUUAACAACCAAUUUAAAGCUUAAAAAAUAAAGUUGAUAUUAAAUUUCCAUCACAUCACAUUAAUGUUACAUACAGGGAGAAAGCUGUAGUUAAUGCACAUUUUCAAUCUUGUUGGAACAUCUGAUAGAUUAAGAUAUUUCUUCAUGCUAAAUACCCUCAGAAAAAUUGUGUAACUGGAUCUUGAAAUUCUCUGGCCUUUGUAAGGGGAUAAGCAUGAUAAGUGGGUAAAAUAUGUAGAUAAUUAAUCAUAUUCUUUUGACAAUAUCUGAUGUAAUUGAGUUAAAGAUUAUGUGAUGAACUUGGAUGUGAAAAUUCAGGAAUAAAAAUAAUAAUUUUCUCUAUAUGUAUGAUUUUUUGUGAAAGAUUCUCUUGUUUGGUAGGACUUUCAACAUAUAUUUGUUCCGCCUAACAGAAGUUCCACUGGAAACUUUUUUAUAAACAAUGUCAUAAUAUCUAUAACUAAGACAGUAUAUGCAGUUAAAUGUUACAAUUUAAAAUUAUUUUAUAUUUUAAUAUAAGUGAUUGAAUUUAGAUGCUUUUAGGAAUUUCCUGACACUCAGUAUAAAUAAAAUGAAAUAAUUGUGAUCUAAUUAUCAAUUUGUUUGUUAAUUGGUGUUGAAUUGCUUUUGAUAUCUCGAUUCCCUUACUUCUCAGGUAUGAUAGAAGAAACUUUGAUAUGUGUACACAAUUGCUGUUAGCCCUGCAUCUGUGUAACAGUUUCAAAUUAUCAUUUGUAUCAAUCAAUGAAUUUUUUAUACCUUCAGACAUAUUUUUUAUAAAGAUUUGUUUCUGAAAUUUUAACAUUUUGAAAGAUACUUUGUUCAAAAUGUUUAUUUGAUAAAAAAAAAAUAUAUGGUUAAGCUGCAUACUUAACAUGCUUAAUACUCAAAAAAAGGUUCAAGAGUUGUUUUUAUGUUUUUAAUAUGAUUCUGUGAAAUAGCAUGAAUGUAUAGUACCUUAUCUUUCUGUGAAUAAAUCAAUGUGUCCAUCA